GAGGCGGUGCCACUCUCUCGGCCGUCCGGGACGAGACGGCGGCUCUCGGCGGCGAACGUUAUGGCGGCAGAGGAGGACGUGUUCCAGAGAGCUCGGGGAAGGACUCUGACCGCUUUCCGCCAAGGUGAUGAGUACCAAUGGAAGGGACCUUUCUACUUCAUCCAAGGAGCAGAUCCUCAAUUUGGACUAAUAAAAGCUUGGGCAGUUGGCAAUACAGGAAGUGGAGAUGAUGAAUGGGGAGAAGAAAUCAAAUUAACAGAGCAAGCAGUACAGGCCAUUAACAAACUAAACCCUAAACCCAAGUUCUUUGUGUUGUGUGGAGAUCUUAUCCAUGGAAUGCCAGGAACCCAGUGGAGAAAGGACCAAGAGCAAGAUUUAAAGAGCGUUCUGAAAAACACUGACCAGGACAUCCCGUUGGUAUUUGUCAGUGGAAAUCAUGAUAUUGGCAAUACUCCAACAAGAGAAACAAUAGAUAAUUAUUGCAGGAGUUGGGGAGAUGACUACUUCAGCUUUUGGGUAGGAGGUGUUUUCUUUCUUGUGCUGAAUUCUCAAUUGUACUUCGAUUCUUCCAAAUGCCCAGAGUUAAAGGAAGCUCAGGACGCAUGGCUAAAUGGGCAGCUGGCUGCUGCCAGAAAACAUAAAUGCAAGCAUGUAAUAGUGUUUCAGCACAUCCCUCUGUUUUUGAGAGAGCCUGAUGAAGACCAUGAUUAUUUCAACUUGGAAAAAUCAGUUCGACAUGAGAUAAUGGAAAAGUUCCAUAAAGCAGGCGUUAAAGCUGUGUUUUCAGGACAUUACCACAGGAAUGCUGGAGGGUGCUACAGAGGACUGGAAAUGGUGGUCUCAUCAGCAAUAGGAUGUCAGCUGGGAGAAGAUAAACAUGGACUUCGAGUGGUCCUUGUCACAGAUGAAAAGAUUGUUCAUAGAUAUUACAGUUUAGAUGAGUUGAGCAGCCAAGGCUUGGAGAAAGAGAUGAUGGAUAUGCUUGCUAAGGAAAAUUAGGCUAUGUCAAAUUCCUUUUAACUCAAAUGGUUUAUGUGAUUUUUUGCCAUGUUUGUUAGAUGAACACAAAGAGUUUCAGAAAGUUUCCACAACUUGAAAUCAAAUUUUUGCUUGUGCACCAUGCCCAUGAACAGCUCUCCAUUUGUUAUCAUCCUAAAUAACAAAAAAGAGUUCUUGACGUAUAUUUUUGUAAAAUGAGACCCACAAGGAAUAUGGGAAAAUAACACAUCACUGAAAACAUUUUUCUGUUCUGAGAUUUUAUACUCUCCUCAUGGAUAAGACAUUCUAAAUAAAUAGGAAGUAUAUGCAAGAGUGAGAGUAGUAAUUCUAGGUAAUGCUUCAACUGAAGACUAUUUUCAUUUGAUAUGUAAGACAUUAGAAAAAGAAAAAUCAAUAAAUUCAAUCACCUCAGUUACA